AUGGUGUCGUCGAUCGUCUCGGACGAGUUUCACAAUCUCGUGCUCACGUUCGAGUCGUCACCGCGCUUCCAUCACAUUGACGGCGACAGCUUGCAUGCCAAGGUCAAGAGCCUCAGGGGUGCGCCGUGGGGCGGCAGCACGGACUUUGCUGCGGCCUUCCGCGCCGUCAUUCACCUCGGUGUCUCCAAGCAGAUCCCGCGCGAGCGCAUGCCCAAGAAGCUUAUUGUCGUCUCGGACAUGCCGUUUGACCAAGCGGAUCGCAACUUUGAGACCAACUAUGCGGUGCUCGCGAAAGAGUUUGCGGCCGCCAACUACGACGUCCCGCACCUCGUCUUUUGGAACGUGAACGGCAACGCGAUGGACUUUGCAGCGCUCGCGACCCAAGCCAGCGUGUCGCUCAUCUCGGGCUUCUCGCCCAACGUCCUCAAGGCCGUCCUCGCUGGUGAAGACGCGCCGACGCCGUUCCAGACGAUGCUCACGGCGCUGCUCGAUGCGCGCUACGACCUCAUUACACUGCCACCUGAGGCAGCCGACGCGGACCUCAGUUUGGACGUCACUGGAAUCACCUUUUGAAUGUUAUGAGAAUUUCCCCAA